CACUUUUCUCCCACCCGCACGCCGCAUGCCUUCUACCGCGGGCCUAUCUCCCUUGCCUAGCUGUGCACGCCUAUCCACGCGUCGGCCAGCGCGACUUGGUUUCAGCUUCGAGUAUACUCGUUGUAUCUCCAUCCAUCAUGUCAAAUCUCUCCCUCUACACCGUCACCGCACUCCUCAUCCUCGACUCGGACGGCCAGCGCGUCCUCGCGAAAUACUACCAGCCCCCGCACCAGCACGCGCAGGGGCAGGGGAUAGUGGCGGAUUUGGGGGUAGGGCAGGGGGGGCCGGGGAUGGGGGGGCUGGCGGGGGUGAAGGAGCAGAAGGUGUUUGAGAAGGGGAUAUGGGAGAAGAUUAGGAGGGGGGGAGGCGAGAUCCACCCCCUCCCCCCACACCUCCUCCUAACCCGCCAAAUCGUCGACCUCACCUUCAUCAUCAUCGGUCCCCUGUCCACCUCCAACGAGCUCAUGCUCUUUUCCACCCUGAACGCGUUUGUGGAUAGCGUGAACCUGCUGUUGCGCGGGUCGGUGGAGAAGCGGAACGUGUUGGAGAGUUUGGAUUUGGUCAUGCUUGCGGCGGAUGAGACUGUCGACGAUGGGGUCAUCCUCGAGACGGACGCAGCUGCCAUCGCCUCGCGCGUCUCCCGGCCGAGACCCGAUACCACCGAUAUCGUCAUCAACGAGCAGACCUUGAUGAGCGCUUAUACGUCAAUCAGGGACAGGGUGUCGCAGAAGAUCCAGCAGUUCUAGAGUGAGGGGUUGGCGAUAUUGUACUAUCAGAAAGGUUAUGCAGUUGCAUAGAUUGUUUGUCG